AAURUCCUGGUUUCUCAUAGGGCUGUAACAAGUAGCGUUGUAACGAGUUUACAAGUCCUUCCACGUUCUUCUGUUCAGAAUAAGCACCAAUCGCAUCAAAGAGGAAACUAUGGAUUCAGAGUUGAAUCUUUCACACGAUGUACAGUCCCGUGUGGGGGAGGCCUACAGAAAGCAGUGUUUGUAUGCUACGAUAUGACAUCAUCUUUAAGAGUUAACCAAUCAAAUUGCCGGCAUCUAAAAUCACCGCAAAUAUACCAAAGAAGGUGUAACAGAAAGCCUUGUAAACACAGAUGGAUAAGAGGGUCAUGGGGUCCCUGUUCGAAGUCUUGUGGCGAAGGAACGAUGCUUAGACGCCUMAGCUGUAUAGAUAAUAAUAAUAAAAGAGUUUCAGCAUUCAAAUGUUUGAAUCUUAAACCACCUAUGGCGAAAAGAAAGUGUGGACAAGUUGACUGUGCACCUGGAUUUUUCAUUGGGGACUGGUCUAGGUGCUCGUCCCACUGUGGAACUGGAACAAAACAUCGAAAUGUGACGUGUAAACUGCUUCUUGCUAAUGGAACAACUAGAAUUUUACCUCAUGCUAACUGCUCAGGCCUUGUCCCUGCAUCUUCAGUACCUUGCAAAGAUUUCGGUGGAUGUGAUGCACCAACGAUAGAACUCGACAAGCAAAAGAAAUACAUAUUCAAGAAAGCAGAUUUCCAUCAGGUUCGAGUGGGAACAAGCGUGUUGGCUGUCAGGAGAUCUACAGUAAAAGUGAAAUGUGAAGCAUCCGGGGACUCUCCAGAAAUCACGUGGUCAAGGGGUGGUUACCAAGUAACAAAAUACUUUGAAGAUGAUGUUGGGCUAGAUAAGGAUGGGGAUCUUUUAAUUCGAAGCCUUGGUCGUUUUAGCGAAGGAGUCUAUCUCUGUAAGGCAAAAAGUAAAUCUGGUGGUGUGUCGACUGCAACGUUUGAAAUCAAAAUCUUUUUUAUCAACAAGCCGUACAUCCUGUCCGAGAGCACUAAAACAUCAUUUGGGCCUGGGGAGACUGACGUCACAGUUACAAUAGGUGGAACAGUCACCGUAUACACUGGCACAACACUUACUAUCAAAUGCCCAGUUCUAGGAAAACCUACCCCAAGGGUCUAUUGGCUCAGCCAAGGCCGACCGAUAUCUGUAGGACAGGCCAAGACUAUUGGAAAUAAUCUGAGAAUUGAGAACGUUAACAAGAUUUAUGCCUUGAAAUACUCAUGUAAUGCUAGAAGUAGACUUGGUUCGGCAAAAGCGUUUACCAAUGUCAUAGUUCUGGAUCUCUCACCGCCAGUAAUCGCCGCAGAGAAGACAUCUAUCAACACCCCUCAAAGCUCCAACGACAUCAAAAUCACCAUAGGCACAAAUAUUACUGUAGUUGCUGGCAUAACUCUUACAAUACGAUGUCCUAUCAAAACAAAGCCAACGCCGCGYGUGUCAUGGACAGCUUUGGGUAAAACUGUAACUGGACGAGGYGAUCCAGUAACWGUUGCCACSGAYAAAUCAUAUAUUGUGGUUAAAUCAAUGAAAAUUACUCAUUCUGGCUUGUAUGGCUGUUCGGCUGAGAACGCUGCUGGAASAACACAGGAGGUUUCUUACGUAAAAGUUUUACCUCCUUCAAAGCCCACUAUUCAAAGCAAGCAAGGUUUCCGUUCAUUGUUAGAAAAAGAUCAGUUAUUAUCCGUCACAAUCGGGCAGCAAAUUACGGGUCUCGUCGGCAUCGCUGUUAGUAUCGACUGUCCAAACAACGGACUUCCAACGCCAGCACUCACAUGGAAAAUCAAUAAACAAACAAUCAGUCAAACUGACCAGCGGUAUAGUAUUAAAGGARAUACUCUAAUGAUCAAUAAGCUUGCUAAGGAACACAAUGGAGAAGUGUUUUGUAUUGCRCAGAAUCGCGUCGGUCGAGCAACAAGCAGCUCCGUGCUCAACGUUAUUAGUGGACAAAAGCCUAAAAUCGCCUCUAAAAAAGGACGCGUCGCCGGAAUUGCUGGUGUUGAAGGAGCCAGUAUUACUAUUGGACAAGACCUUCGUGUAGUCCAAGGAAUGAUAUUCCGAGUCCAAUGUCCAGUUACUGGUUUUCCAACACCAAGAGUCACGUGGUCUCGAAAUGAUAAAGACGUCCAAUCAUCGCAGAGGAUUUUGAUUGACAAGAAUAAUUAUGAUUUGAUAAGCGAGGAAAGUGUAUCCAUUGAUAUCGGUAAUGCUAACCUGGACACUUCAAACACCAAUAAACCAGUCAAAAUCCAGAUCGGUGACAGUCUAACUGUGUUAUCAGGAACCGAUGUUACCAUUGAUUGUCCCGUAACAGGGAUCCCGGCUCCGUACGUCUUGUGGAGACGUAAAGGCGAACGUAUCGAGUCCGGCGAUAGAAAGGGACAGUUUGUUAUUGAGAAUCAGAACACUGUUUUGAAGAUUUUCCAGGUUGAAGAGGAAGUGUCUGGUCAGUAUGAGUGUAUUGGUACUAAUCUUGGUGGUGCCGACAGAGCUUCGUCUACAAUUACUGUUGUAGGUAAGAGACASGUAACGCAAUGUAACGUUUCCGUUAGAUACUUCUGCGAUAAGGUGUGA